UGGACGUCCCUGGACAACUUUCACCUGGAAGCCUCCUUUCUCUUACGCAGGACAGAAGGCUGCUACACAUCGCUUCCUUUGUCUAACAGGACAGAGCCUGCAGCGUUGGCAAACUCCAUGGAUGGCAAGUUUGGGACGGAGCACCUCGGCUGAGAGAUCACAAGAGAGAAGUUGCUAAAUCAGGACCUGGCCCGGGCCUCAGAACCUGCUGGCAGACCCCAUCAUGCCAGGCCGGCUCACCUUGUCCGAACUCUGCCGCUUCCUUCUCCCCUGGGUGCUCGUCAUCUCUAACAGAGCGCUGGGGGACGCAGCAUCCCACCCCGGGCCCCACUACCUCCUGCCCCCCAUCCACGAGGUCAUUCACUCGCGACGUGGGGCCACGGCCACACUGCCCUGCAUCCUGGGCGCCUCGCCUCCCAGCUACAAGGUGCGCUGGAGCAAAGUAGAGCCGGGGGAGCUCCGGGAAACUCCGAUCCUCGUCACCAACGGGCUGCACGCCCGGGGCUACGGGCCGCUGGGCGGGCGCGCCAGGCUGCGGCGGGGGCACCGGCUGGACGCCUCACUGGUGCUGGCGGACGUGCGCCUGGAGGACGAGGGCCGCUACCGCUGCGAGCUCAUCAACGGGAUGGAGGACGAGAGCGUAGCGCUGACCCUGCGCCUGGAGGGUGUGGUGUUUCCGUAUCAGCCCAGCCGCGGCCGCUACCAGUUCAACUACUUCGAGGCGAAGCGGGCAUGCGAGGAGCAGGACGGGCGCCUGGCCACCUAUGGCCAGCUGUACCAGGCGUGGACCGAAGGGCUGGACUGGUGUAACGCGGGCUGGCUGCUGGAGGGCUCCGUGCGCUACCCCGUGCUCACCGCGCGAGCCCCGUGCGGCGGCCCCGGCCGGCCCGGCAUCCGCAGCUACGGGCCCCGCGACCGCAUGCGCGACCGCUACGACGCCUUCUGCUUCACCUCGGCGCUGGCAGGCGAGGUGUUCUUCGUGCCCGGGCGCCUGACGCUGUCCGAGGCGCACGCGGCGUGCGGGCGGCGCGGGGCCGUGGUGGCCAAGGUCGGCCACCUCUACGCCGCCUGGAAGUUCUCGGGGCUGGACCAGUGCGACGGCGGCUGGCUGGCGGACGGCAGCGUGCGCUUCCCCAUCACCACGCCGCGGCCGCGCUGCGGGGGCCUCCCGGACCCGGGGGUGCGCAGCUUCGGCUUCCCCAGGCCCCAGCAGGCGGCCUACGGGACCUACUGCUACGCACAGACGUAGGCGCCCGGGGAGUGGAACGGGGUCCUGCGCUUCCCGCUUCCCGGGGAGGGACGGGAAGAAGGGACCUGGAGCGCCCCCCGCGGCCGGUACGGACGCGGCCCUUGGACGGCGGAUCGUGGGCCGUCCUAGCAUUCACUGACCUCCGCGCACCGCAAUAAAAUAACGUGGCACCUGC